AAUGAAAACGACGAAAAUUUUCUUCGAUUGGAAGGUUCAAGAGGUAGAGAGGGAAAAUUAAGAACCUAACCUUGGAAGAUGGUUGUUAAAAUGAGGGGGUGAAAGUCGGAGAGGGGGUAGGACUGGUUCUCCAACCAAGUGAAGCCUUUAUAAGAAGAAAGCCAUAAUUUCCGAUGAAGAUUUUCUGAGAUAUCAACCGGCCGGAAUCACAUUUGCACCAUCCCUGUCGGCCGAGUCGUUGCACCCCCUCAAAGAGAACAAAAAUGAAUAGUCUGGUGUCUGUACUACUUUUUCUAACAAUACUGCAAUAUAGUUACUGCGGGCCAUUGCGUCUUCAAAAAAGAGCAGCUUUCUACAUUGCAAAUGAAACAGCUUGCGUAGUGGACAACACAGUGUAUUCUAAUGGCGAUCCUAUUCCAACGGAUGACCCAUGUGAGGCUUGCAAGUGCAGACCGCCUGGCUUUGCAUGUGUUCUGAAAGAGUGCGAAGUAAAACCUGGAUGUCGAGCUGUUAGAAGAACAGGACAUUGCUGUCCUGACUACGUUUGCGGCUGUGAGCACAAUGGAAGAAUGUACCGGGACGGUGACGAAAUUCGAGAUUCCCAAAAUCCAUGCUACACUUGCCAUUGCCAGGGUAGUUCAAUAGCCUGCGCCUUUAUAGAUUGCUUCUUCCGAGUGGAUUGUGCACCAGAAUAUGUACCAGGCGAAUGUUGUCCUCGCUAUACCAACUGCACUGCAGAACCAAAAAAUCAAUUUGAUGGAAGUAAUCCUUAUUUAAAAGACAAAGAAGUUGAUGUAACAAUAGUUCCUACUUCAGUUAUUGUUCCUGGUGUAUCAUAUGUUGAAGACACAACCGAAGCUCAAAAUAUAGACACUACAGUCAUAGAAAUAUUCGAAAUUGAAACAAAAGAACCAGAAUUGUUACAACUUAAUCCAGAGGCAGUAAGCAUCGACGAAACCGUGAACGAAGAAUCAUCUGAAAAGUCUUCAGAGGAAAAUAUUCCGGAAAAAAAUAUAAACCCAAUCGAGUCAGGUACUUCAGAUAUUGAAGAAAAAGCAGCGGAAGAAACAAUUUCAGUCAAAAAUGAUGAGUUAAAAGUUGAUGAAGCUGACACCACUGAACAAUCUGUUACUCAUCAUGAAGUUUUCACACCAAAAAUAGAUUCGGAUGAGGAAGAAUCGGUUAAAUCCGAACUUUCGACCAAAGUCAGUUCCCAACCUGAAAUACCAGUAGCCGUUGAAAAUGUUGAUGUCGAACCGGAAGAACCCAGUAAUAAUUUGGAGUCGGGAAAUCUGUCAUCUGAUUACGGUAAAAGCUUAAAAUUUGAUGACACAAACCAGCAGGGAAGCGAAACUGAAUCGAAAGAUCAAGAAAGCGAAACUGAAUCGAAAGAUCAAAAAAGCGAAACUGAAUCGAAAGAACAAAAAAGCGAAACUGAAUCGGAAGCACUAAAAAGUGUAACUGAAAUGAAGGAACAAAAUACUCAAACGGAACAAGAAAGCUCAACUGAACAAAAAGAAAACCAAACUCAGCAACCACAAAAACUUCUGUACAGUAAAGAAACUUCCAGUGAUACGUUAACCACCCCAAAGAUUCAGGAAGAAACCAUUUCGCAUUCAACAGUUAUUGAUGAAAAAUUAGUAAAUACCGAAUUAACUUCAAAUUCUGAUUCAACUGAAAAAAUCGCCCUUUAUGUGGCAAAAGAUUCUUUAAAAACGGAAUCAGUUGAAACUGUAACAGUAGUCGUUGAAGUUAAAGAUAAAAUUACAACACCAGUAGCGGAUAAAACAGAUCUUUCUGUUACACCAACUAUUAUAGCUUCUCUGUUUAAAUCUAAUAGUGAUAAAUUAGAAGAUCAAAAAUCUACGAUGCUGCCGGGUGCUACCAUCACUAAAAACGAUAAAACUGAAGAUUUGGAACUGCAUCUGUCCUCAAUUUCAGAAAUGGAGAGUUCAUCAGCGAAAGCCGAGGUGUCACCAACCACUUUUUCUAAAGGUACUGAAACGACAAUUACGAUCGAUUAAAUUUCGCCGACUCAUGGACUCGGAAAAAAUUGUGAUUUUGUUAAUGGAAACAACAAAAAAAAAAAACGGGGCUGAAAUAUUACUCAACGCAUAGCUUAUCUUCCAUGGUAGAACUUCAGGCAGAACAAUAUGGUGUUUAAAUUUAAAAGAACAAUUCUAUAAAAUAGAAAGCUCAUAUACUGCAAAUUUAAUAUCAUAUGAACAUGGUGCUGAAACCAAUAAAAUCAUAUUUUCAGAAGUAUAGAUUCAUGACUUUUCACGAAUAAAGUUUUAGUGUAUUUUUGUUAAUAAAUUAUUUUGAAUG